CCGCUGCCGCUGCCGCUGCUGCUGCUCAUGUCGAGCUCCGGGAUCCCAUUUGCUGCCGGGACGUCCCGUUCCUCUUCUCUGUCUUACACACCUCCUAGUUUUCAAUGGCCGGCUCCGCCGCCGCAGCUCUCCUGUGUGCCGCCUUGACACACCACCUCUCGUCCCGGCUCUGGGAGCUCGGCUCCAUCCAGACGCGCCAGCUCUGCGCCGAGACCGUGUGCUGGCUCGUCCUGCCCGUGCUGGUCCGGUCCCAGGCGCGGUCACGCACCACCACCUGGAACUUCCGCUCGAUCUCCAAGGCCGCUUCUCCUGUCAUCUGGAGCUUCCACUCCCUCUUCAACGCCGCUUCGCCCGUCAGCUGGAAGCCGCCUCGACGUAGUAAAAAUGUCUCCAACGCAAUAUGGGUCUUUGCUGCCGGAGCUGCCGCCGCCGCCUGCUAUCAUGCAGAGGCUGGCGUGCCUGGCCUGCUUCCGGCCCUGACUCCCCUUCUGCUAAUCACCGAGAACCGGCUUCGCCCUGAGCUGCAAGUCCUCGCUUCGGCCGAACCGUGGUCUCUCUUGUCUCCCCUCGCUAACACGGUCUGGGGCACGGGGCUCGCAGCCGCGGUUGCCAUCUUCGCUCUGUCCAACUGGGGUCUGCAGGAGUGUCUGCUCUCGGCCGCGCUGCUAGGUGCCCUGGUGCGCGUCUACAUCCAUCUCUUGCCCGCAGCGAGCUCAACGGCGACCACGAAAACGACGGCGACGACGCUGGGCUGCCGCGACGGCGCGGCCGUCAACGUCGAGGAAGCCAUCGUCGACAUCUCGCUGUGUGUCGUGCCCAUGCUGGCCGCGGCGCUGCUGCUGCAAGCUCUCGCGUUUGGCCUGCCGGGCAACAUGGUCGCGGGCAUCGUGCCGACUCUGGUCCUCGGCCUGGCCAAGGCCCUGUCUUGGUAUUUCACGAUUCGAACGGCCCACUCGGCGUCCUGGAGGAUUGCCGCUCCCAUCACCGUCUUUGGCAUCGUGGCGGCGCAGGACCCCUUUCUGCAGUCGACAGAAACCCAGGCGCUGGGGGUGCUGGCCGCGGCUUUCCUGACCCUGGCCCAGGUCAUCGCCAUGCUUCCCAGGCAGACGAAGCGUAAAUGGGCGCUCUGGGCGCUCUUCCUGCUCCCAUUGGGCCCCUAUCUCGCCAACAUCUCCGCCAUUAAGGCCGCACAGGCCGCAGCCACCCAGGAUUGGGGCACCGCCGAGCACCAACACCCCGUCGAGGCCCUAAUGCGCGCGGCGCGGGAGCAGUUCGACCAGAAGCUAGCACGGCAGUCCAAGGACUUCGCGACGGCCGAAGCCGAGUACGUGAGGCGGUACGGCGUGGAACCACCGGCGGGGUUCGAGGCCUGGCACACGUUCGCCACAGCCCACGGGUCGCUGCUGAUCGACGACUUCGAUACCAUCUUCGAUUCAGUCUCGCCCUUCUGGCGGCUGAGCGGGCGCGAGGUGCGGCAGACCCUGGCGGACGCGUACGCAACACCAGGCAUGGACGUGUUCCACUGCGCCUUCUCGGGCCACACCGCACGCACCGCCUGCCGCCACCCGAAGCGCUCCGUGACAUUCGACCGCAACAUCGGCCUGUCCCUGACGCAGCUGCUGGCGCCGCUUGCCGGCACCGGCGCCCUGCCCGAUAUCCAGCUGCUCGUCAACCGCCUCAACGAGCCGCGCGUGGUCGUGCCGCCGCCCGCCACCAGCGACGCGACCUGCCGCCCUACGAACUUCACAGUCACCGACCUGUCGCACCGCCCGACCUGGGACGCGCUGACACGGCACUGCUCUGCUGGCCUCGCACCCUCAUCCAACGCCACCACCACCACCACCACUACCACCACUUCCCCAAACAGCAACAGCAACAGCAACAGCAACAGCAACAGCAACAGCAAUAGCAACAACAACAACAACAACAACAACGACGACAACAACAGCAACAACAACAAAAUCAACACCUACGGCCUACCCUUCCUCUCAGACCUCGCCUCCGCGACCGACCUAUGCCUCCACCCCGAAUACAGCCGCCAGCACGGCCUGCUCCAGUCGCCGACAACCUUCAGCCUCAUCCGCGGGCUCGUGCCGAUCCUGUCGACGGGCCGCGCGUCCACCAUGGGCGACAUGCUGUUCCCGGCGCCGGCCUACGGCGAGCCCGAGUUCGCCUACGACGCCCGCCGCGACGUGCCGUGGGCGGCCAAGCGCGCCGCGCUGUACUGGGCCGGCUCGACCACGGGCGGGUUCGCGGGGCGCGACGGCUGGUGGGCGAGUUUCCACCGCCAGCGCUUUGUUGCGCUGGCGGCGAAUCGCGGCGGCAGGGUGCACGCUGCGGCUGCUGCUGGGGGUGCUUCGGGGGGUGGGGAUGGCAUCGCACGGGUGCUGUCGGGGUUCCUCGACGGGCGGCUGUACGACGUGGCGUUCACGCACGUGUUCGGCUGCGCGAGCUGGCGCGAGUGCCGCGAGCAGCGCGGCGCGUUCGGCACGCGGGCGUGGGCGGACCGCCACGCGCCGCUGCGGUCGCAGCUGGUGUUCGACGUCGACGGCGACGGGAUCAGCGGCCGCUUCUACAUGCUGCUGGCGUCGCGGUCCGCGCCGCUCAAGCUCACCCUGCUGCGCGAGUGGCACGACGACCGCCUCGCCCCAUGGGUGCACUAUGUUCCUGUCAGUAUGGGGCUUGAGGAGCUGCCUGAGCUGGUGUUUUAUCUCACGUCGACUGACGCGGGCCGUCAGCGCGCGAGGGAGAUUGCCGACCGCGGCCGCGAGUGGUUCGCUAAGGCGUUCCGUGAUGUCGAUCUGACGAUUUACUUGUAUCGCCUGAUGCUGGAGCUGGCGAGGCUGCAGGAUCCGGACCGGGAGGCGCUGAUGCCGUAGUAAUGUGUUGGCUUUUGGUGUUUCUUUCUAGACAUUUAGACUUGGAACUA